AUGUUACUUAUUAUAAUGGCAGCAGGAUUAAUUAUUGGCAUAACAAUAUGUUAUUUACAAAAUGCAAAUAUGUUAUUAAAUUCUAUAAAUAUUCGUGAUGAUGUACCUUCAAAUCAACAAAAAAAUCCAAGCAAAUUAAAAAGAUCAUCUUCUCAUCUUUUAUUUUUAUGUAAACAUUCUAAAGAAAUUCGUAAAAUAUUAUUAAAUGAAGAAGCAUUAAUGGAAAUAAUGUCUAAUACAUUAAAACAUGCUGUAUUCGGAAUUUUUAUUGGAAUAUGUGUUUUAAUUUAUUUUGCUAUUACAUUUACUGCAAUUGCUGCUUUUGCUGAAAUAUUGAAGGUUAUUUAUGAAAAGCAUAUUCAAAAUAUGAUAUCUCAUGUACUUUCAAUGUAUUUUACUGAUUUUAUGAAUAAAUCAGCAAAUAGUGCACUAGCGAAAUUAUAUCACCGUUUUUCAUCAACUUGUAGAUAUUUUCGAAAUUAUAUUUUUGGUCAUUUUAUGCCAUUAAUAAAUAUUAAAUUACGUUAUGUAUUAGUAUUAAUUUUUCUUCUUAUGGGUAUUCUAGGUUAG